AUAUUGCCUCCCUCACCACACAUUUUAAAGAAGAUAUUUAUCUCAACUUUCAGUUUUUUCAAACCCUUUUUCCUUCAGCUGUGUUGUGGCCCCUCAGAGGUGUGGUGCGACCCCCCCCCCCCCAGAGGUCCAGACCCCCAUGUUGACCGCCAGUAAACCAGUAAACUCUGACAGCAGGUGUUUGAUGUAAGCAGCAUCACCUGCUGAGCCCUGAUUGGACGCCUGUAGACCACCUGUCUGUCUGCCUGUUUAUCUACCAGCCAACGGUCCAUCAGCUCUUAUUGUGACGGGGACUUCCUGUCUGAUGUCAGGUAACUGGUCCGUGGUGCAGCUGUCAUCACUGGCUCCACCCACCAGCUAUGUGGCCCCGCCCCCUCUCAACACGUCCCAGUUCCCGCCUCUCACGGACUGGGAGGCUCCCAGCUUCACCCGGUCCGCUCAGUUCCGUGUGGGAGCCACCUUCAUCCUCUUCCUCUUCGCCGCCGGCAGUAACCUCGCCUUAUUGGCCAGUGUGUGGUGUGGGCGUGGCCGGCGGCUGCCGUCUCACCUGCGGCCGCUGAUGCUGAGCCUGGCGUCGGCUGACCUCAUGAUGACGUUCGUGGUGAUGCCUCUGGACGCAGUGUGGAACGUGACGGUGCAGUGGUACGGAGGAGACGCUCUCUGUAAACUGCUGUGCUUCCUGAAGCUGUUCGCCAUGCACGCCUCCGCCUUCAUCCUCGUGGUCAUCAGCCUCGACCGCCAACACGCCAUCCUGCACCCGCUGGACGCCCUGAGUGCUCACCGCAGGAACCGACUCAUGCUACUGCUGGCCUGGAGCCUCAGCCUGCUGCUUGCAUCACCACAGGUAACACGCGACCUCGGGUAACACGCGACCUCGGGUAACACGCGACCUCGGGUAACACGCGACCUCGGUUAACACGCGGC